AUGUCCACCAUGGAUGCACCCGUCGACUUCUCUACUGCCCUCGACGCCAUGGCUUCCGCAGCUGCUGCGGCCGCUCGCGCAGCGGUCCUAUCGUCGGACGCCACCAACGCAUCUACCACCGCCCUCGCGGACGCCGUCGCCAAGGCAACCGCCGAGGCAGUACGUGCGGUGCUCACUUCCUUCGUCGCCCCUGCGUCAUCUUCUUCUGCGCCUCUCCCACAGCGUAACUCCUCGGUCAACCUCGACGACGACACCACGGCCUCUCUCCACGCCCAGGCCGUCGCUGUUCUGAACGUCAAGACUUUGGUUCCGGUCACCCUCGACCUUGCCGCCGCGAACUACACCAAGUGGCGCGGCCUCUUCCUCGUCAUCCUCGGCAAAUAUGCCUUGGCGGACCAUGUUCUCUCCGAUGACUCUCACCCGGACAGACCGGAUUGGGUGCGCAUGGACUGCGUCAUCCUCGCAUGGCUCUACAGUUCCAUCUCCGUCGAGCUCCUCGAGAUCGUCAUGUCUUCAUCCUCGACUGCACACAUCGUUUGGCGUGGCCUUGAACAUCAGUUCCUCGGCAACUGCGAGCAGCGCACCCUCAACCUCUCGGCGGAGUUCCACUGCUUCGUCCAAGGCGACCUCUCCGUCACCGACUUCUGCCAGCGUCUCAAGAGCAUGGCUGAUGGCCUUGCGGACCUCGGCGAGCCCGUCUCCGACCGCACCCUCGUCCUCACCAUGCUCAAAGGUUUGAAUGACAAGUUCCGUCACUUGCAGACUAUUCUUCCGAUGCAAAAGCCCUUCCCGACGUUUGUCGAAGCCCGGUCGCAACUUUUGCUCGAGGAAAUCACACGAGGCGGGCGGUCCACGGGCGCCCCUACCGCCUUCCUGGCAGCCGGCAGUGGCGCGGGCCGUGGCUCCCUGCCCGGGGGCGUCACCACCUCCAGUGCCGCCCACGUCCCCGACUUUGGCACCAAUAGUGGCGGCAAUUUCGGCGCUAGCAACGUCGCCCCCAACGGCGGAAACGGCGGCCACAACAACAAAAACAACCACCGGCGGCGCGGCGGGCAAAACAACUCGGCCGCCCCUUUCACCCAGCAGCAACAACCAUGGGCCAGCCCACACAAUCCGUGGGCCGGGACCAUACAAAUGUGGCCUGGGCCACUCGGACGUGGCCUUCUCGGUGCGCGGCCGGCUGGGCCACUCGGCCAGCCUGGCCAGGCCGCUCCAUUCACAGGGGCCGCUCUGGCGGGGCCUUUUGGUGCUAUGGGCCAUCCCGGCCUCCCAGCUGCUCCACAGGCGCUUCCUCCAGCAGGCCUCAGCAUCGGUGCUGCCCCAACACAGCCGCCUCCUCUACAGACUUCAACGCUGAGCUUCUGGAACGGCUCCAACAGCACGCCUCCGGCACAUGUGUGGGAUCAACAAGCAUUGGCAAAUGCUUUCUCCACCGUCUCCCUACAGCAGCCGGCCUCACCUGCACAUGACUAG